GAGAGAGAGAGAGAGAGAGUGAGAGUUUAUAUUAUAUAUAUAGCACACGAUACCAAGGACUUGCACGAAAGUUAAAGCUUAUUGGACAAGUGCGUGUUGUUCCAUUACACUAAGUACGCAUUUAUCGGCCGUCUCUCUCUCUCUCCCCCUCUCUUUUAAGCAUUGAAAUUGUACAGACAUGGUUCCUACAAAAUGGGGUUUCUUUGUUUGAGCGGAUGAUUCAAAGUUGCUUCUUUGUACUAAGAGAAAUAGAGUGAACAUUCUAAGUACAGUUAAUCUCAGAACCCCUUUUGCAACCAUUUUGGAGGACAUAGAUGGCUACUCAAUCUGUGUAUUUCAAAGAACAUGAAGGAAUUGUCCACAAUUCUAUGGGGCAGGUGCCAUCGUCUUGGUGGGGUUCCUUUACUUCUAAAUUGGGUUAUGGGGAAUCCUGUGGCCAAUUGAAGUCUUUUUCCAUGGACCUGCCAAGUGGUGGAGACCAACUGAUUGCCAACAAACAAGCUGGGAGGGGUACUGAACAUGGAGCAGAAAGAGGGCAUACAACUCAAUUCAAUAUCUUUCCUGAUAAUUGCAAAAGUUCAGGGGAUGGGCAAAAACCUCAGGCAACCAUUUCUCUCCAAUCAUCUCCGUCAGAAUAUCGAGGUCGCUUUGAGCUAGGAUUUAGUCAGCCUAUGAUCUAUGCAAAGUAUCCUUACGUUGACCAAUGUUAUGGAGUCUUCCCAAAUUGUGGACCUCAAAUUUCGGGCCGUGUUAUGCUGCUGCCUAUGAACAUGGCAACCGAUGAUGGACCUAUAUAUGUUAAUGCUAAGCAGUACCAUGGGAUUAUCAGGCGCCGGCAGUCCCGUGCAAAGGCUGUAAUGGAGAAUAAAUUGACAAGAGCUCGUAAAGAUUGGUUGAACAGGACUCAUCUUUCAAUCCUUCCAUGCCCACUUUGCAAGUCUCUGUGCUUUAUAUUUUGGCGUAGCAUGGAAGCACCCCUAACAGAAGUUUUUGUAGCCUUUCCAUAUAUGCAUGAAUCACGUCAUCUCCAUGCAAUGCGCCGACCAAGGGGAUGUGGUGGCCGUUUCUUGAACACAAAGAAUACGAACAAAGAAAAAAGUGGAACUGAAGUGAUCAAAACUGGAGAUGGACAACUCUCUCAGGGCACUGGUUCUCAGGGUUCUGAAGUCCUUCAGUCUGAUAGUGAUACCUUUAACUCAUCAAAGGAUGCCAAAGGCAGUGGUUCAAAUAUAUCAGAGGUCACUAGUAUGUUCUCUAGGGGAGAUCUUGAUCGCUUUCAAAUCAACCAUCUCAUACCUCCAGCCCACCCUUUUGCAGAUCUGAUCGAUGGUAGGCGUGGCCUUGUUAUGCCUAAGUGGGUUACAGCACCAGAUAACUGCUGUAACCUCACAGUCUGAUGUAGCAAGGUAUCAGGUGGGGUUGGUUUUAAGUAUACCAAUCCCCAUCUCGCAACCAGAUGGAGAAGCUUUGUUGUGAUCCUGGCGAUUGCAAAUGGUUUCUUUUGGAAGGCUAUCCUAUCCUUCUUAAUAUGUGGUUGCGCCGAAGGCAAAUCAUUCUUGGCUCGCUGCGAAAAGGUUAGACUCUUUCUAUUCCUUGCCCUUGCUGGCUUAAGGGGGUUAAAGAUUCUGACGCCUUAACGUAGCUACUAGUGGAGUAGGCUAAAAAAGUCUGUUCCCAUAAUUAAAUAAGAGUGUUAAUGUAUGGAUAUGAAUCUGUGACUUAGAGAUACUGGAGUGUGAUGUUGCUGAUGUUAAAAAUGUAGUAUGUCUAUGUACCUGACUUAUGGAGUGAUGUAUUGCAGAACUUGGUGCUUGUGUUGUUAUCUUAAACUAUAUAUGGAACUACAAUGCAUUACCCUAGAACUUGGUGGUGCUUGUGUUAUUAAAUCAUACAUAUUGUAGCAA